CAAACUCAAAGAGACCCAGCUAGGUGAGAACCAUCAUGCGACAGAGGCAAGGGAGUAUACAGGGUAGGGUGGUGACGUGAAGUACUUAUGUCCAAAGUAGCUGAAGUCGUCGAAGUGGUCGAUGACGUCGAUGAAGUAGCAGUCGAGUCGAUGUCGAAGCAGAGCCGCAAAACGCUGACAUCGUGGAGAAGAGCUGAUGAUGGAGUACCUGAUGGUGUGAGUCAGUGGGGAAAGAUAGAGGAUAAGAGUGUCAGUCAUCGUAACACGAAGGGCGACGAUGAGUGCGCUGUGGACGCUCGGAGGCGACCAUCUGCUGCUGAGGAACGACCUCAGAGGGAGCGGGCUCGUCCUCAGCAAUCUCCUCAGCCGGAGGAGGAGGAAGAGGGUCAGUCGGCUAAGUAGAAGCAGAUAUCUCAGCACGACGAGCACGAUCAUAUGCACGCACCAACAUCCUGGCGUGCUGCAAGUGCUCGAGGGGCUCCCAAGUAGCCUCCUCAUCAUGGUAGCCCUUCCAACGCACAAGGUAUUCGAUGCGUGGAGGGGUAUCGUCGGUAACUCGACGUGAUAUAAUGUCGGAAACAACGAACUCCUCGUGACCGUCCACCAUGAUAGGUGAAGGGCGCUCAUAAGGGCGUCCGGCGAAGCGCUCGGACGGUCUGCGAUAAGGACGCAGCAAGGAGACGUGGUAAACAUCGUGUACGCGAGCCUGUCGAAG